ACGUGCGCGAAAACACAAAUUUCGAAAAAGAUACCCAUCACAAUCAUGGAUAAAUCGAAAUUUAGAUCCAAGUCUACGCCUAAAUCUGCUCAUAAAAAGUCUAAACAGCGUAUGUCGAAGGGAAUAUCCGUGAUGUUUGUCGGUAAUGAUGAUGUUAUGCACCACAUAAUGGAAGAAGCUUCAGAAACCAAAGUUCGGAAGGAUAAGAUUCAUACCUUGGCAUCUUCAGAACCAGAGGUUAUUAGCAGACCUGUGAGGUCUACAAGGAAACAGGAUAAAUAUCAGCAGGAAAGUGAAGAGGAAGAUGGUAAUGAUGAAGAGGACAAUGUAGAGGAAGAGAAUGAGGAAGAGGAGGAGGAGAAGGAGGAAGAAGAGAUUGAAGAUGAUGCAAGCAUCAAGGAAAACACUGAAGUAUCAGAAGCAGCAAGCAGACCCAUGAGAUUAUCAAGGAAACAGAUCAAUUAUAAUGAGGAUAAAUUAGCAUCUCGACGGGUCUGUGAUGAAGAGACAAAGAAUGAGGAGGAAGAUGACAACGAUUAUGAUGAGAUGGAAGAAGAUGAGAGUGAUGAGGAGGAUAAAGAUGAUGUUUUAGGCAUUGUCUCAGAAGUCCUUUUGGAUAGAGAGGGGCCAUUAGGGACAGAGGUAUACUCCUUCAAGACGCCUAAGAGAUCUGGUAAAAUGGCUGAGAUAGCGGCAAAAAGUGUUGAUAGACAGCAGAUGAAGAGGAUAGCUAUCAAAAGAAAACUCAAAAGACCCAUCGGAGUGGACAAAGAUGACAGUGACUUUGAUUCAGAUCAGAGCAGUGAUGACAACGAUGACGAUGACGACUACGAAUGCAAGGACGACAUGAACAGUGACACUAGCAGUGAGAGAAGUAUCACAAUAAAACGAACAAAGAGAGCUUCCAUAGCUGCUGAUAUGAUAAAGAAACAAGAGCAAACUCCAAAGGUCACUGGCAAAGGGUCAAAGGUCAGCCAAUUAAAGAAGGGAGAAGGUGCUUCGAAGGGAUCUACUCCUGGUGGGGUGAGAAAAUCAAAUAGAAGAGCCGCUAAAGAUGUUACAUCUAUGCAAUCCAACAUGGCAGAGGAGUAUUUUGUGGCACACUCAGGGCAGGCAUUGACAUCAGAUCACACACUAUCACGGCUUGAAACACCGCAGAUGGGUAGCGGACAGCUGGCAGAGGCAUUGGAAAGCGCCCCCAAUAGUUAUACUAAGGAGAUGAAAGAUCUCUUUGAAGAACACUGUUCACUGUUCAACAAGUGGAUGUAUCACUUAAGUAAUGACUUCAACAUUCUCCUGUACGGCUUGGGAUCAAAGCGAAGACUCUUAGAGGAAUUUAGAAGACGACAACUCAAAGACUAUACCAGUAUUGUAAUCAAUGGCUACUUCCCUAGUCUCACUGUAAAGAGUAUUUUGAAUGCAAUCACCGAUGAUGUAAUAGAUGAUGUUUGUAACCAUAGAAACAUGGCUGAUCAGCUUGAUUUCAUUGAGGAGAAACUAGAUGAGAUGGAUGAGCCUCUUUUUCUCCUGAUCCACAAUCUUGAUGGCAGCAUGCUACGAGGAUCUAAAGUUCAGUCUGUGCUGAGUAAAGUUGCUCAAGUCAACAACGUUCACAUACUUGCUUCAAUUGAUCACAUCAAUGCCCCUCUUAUUUGGGAUCAAGAAAGGUCAAGCACAUUUCGUUGGAUGUGGUAUGAUGUGACGACCUUUGACCCUUACAGCGAUGAGACGUCUUAUGAGAACUCCCUGCUAGUUCAGCAGUCCGGUAUGCUUGCCCUCAGCUCUCUCACUCAUGUACUCCGCAGUCUUACACCAAAUGCAAGGGGAAUUUUCAACAUCUUGGUUGAAUUUCAGAUGGAACAUAAAGAUGAUGGUACUUACAAUGGUAUGUCAUUCCAUGAACUGUAUCAGAAGUGUAGAGAAGCAUUCCUGGUCAACAGUGACCUGACAUUAAGGGCACAACUUACUGAGUUCAGAGAUCACAAACUAAUCAAGUCAAAAAAGAGCCUUGAUGGUAUGGAACUACUCUCUAUCCCUCUGGAUAAUGCAACAUUAUUGGAAUUCCAACAACAAGAAGAAUUAUGAUACCGGUAGUUAAGACUCAA